AAAUAUUUCCCCCAUAAACUAACCGCUGAUUGUUCAAAAGUUUUUGUAGUGAUACCGUACUAUAUAAAUAAAGUGUGAAAUGAUAAGAUGUGAUUGAAAAAUGGAAAUAAAAGUAGACGUGCACACAGUUCAUCCGACGUCAGCAAAAAAACGGCCACCUUCUGUACCUUGCAACUCGUGGGGCACGCCAGAAUCGACUUUAAAACACGCUAAGUCCCAAACGCCUCCAAGAGUCAGGUUAUUAAUUCCAAAUUCAAAAUGUGUACGAAAGGACUCAGGUACAAUACAAGAAUACGUGACGGAACUAGAAGAGUUCGACAAAAUAAAACCCAAGAAGAUUGAAGCCAAAGAAUCUAAUAAUGCAGUGGAGAAAGAAGAGAAAGUUGUAGAAACUCCUCAGAGUCCAGUUCCCUCUUCUCCAUCGAGGGACUAUAAAUGCAAGCGUUGGAGAUUGCCAACAUUCUGCGAUCCCUCCGUGACCAUAGAUCCUCAAGGUAAAGGCUACAUAACAUGGUUACUCCUGGUAACAUGCUGCUACAGCUUCAAUGCUUGGUGCAUAGCUCUCCGCGCCACAUUUCCCUACCAGACACCUGAAAACACGCCGAUAUGGAUGACGGCAGACUUCUUCUGUGACAUAGUAUAUGUGCUUGACGUGGUGUUUGUGAAACCGAGGCUCAUGUUCCUGCAGGAAGGCUUCUGGGUGGACGAUCACCAGGAAACCAGGAAAAAUUAUAAAAGGAAAUUGCAGUACAAGUUCGAUGUCGUAUCGCUCUUGCCGUUGGAGAUAUUGUAUUUUUAUUUUGGCACCCAAAAAGUGAUCUUGCGGUUUCCGAGGCUACUUAAAUUGCAGACAUUUUGGGAGUUCCAUCAAGCUAUGGACCGUAUUUUGUCGUCCCCUUAUGUGGUUCGUAUCGGCAAGAUGUUGUUCUACAUCUUUUACCUGAUCCACUUGAACGCAUGCGCGUACUAUGCCUUGAGUGAUCAUAUCGGCCUUGGCAGCAACGGAUGGGUCUACGACAACCAAGGCAACGCGUAUAUCCGCUGUUUCUACUUCGCUACUAAAACCGCUACGUCCGUUGGCAAGACUCCAAAACCUGAGAAUGCAAAACAAUUUAUGUACAUGACAGUCGCUUGGCUCAUGGGCGUAUUCGUCUUCGCAGUGCUAAUUGGUCAGAUUCGGGACAUUAUCGCCACGGCUAGUCGAGCUAAGACUGAAUACCGUAAAACGAUGGACGGAUGCACGCGUUACAUGCGUAAACUGAACAUGCCGGCGUCACUUCAACGCCGCGUCAUGUGCUGGUUCAACUACACGUGGAACCAGCAGCGAUGCUUCGAUGAAUCAAAAAUACUCAACUCGCUACCUUCAAACAUGAAACAAGAUGUAGCACUAGAAGUUCACAUGAGAACUUUGAGCAAAGUGCAACUGUUCCAAGACUGUUCAGCGUCGCUCCUCCGAGACUUGGUGCUACAACUUCGCCCCGUGUCCUGCCUACCUGGCGACGUGGUGGUGCGACGCGGAGAAGUCGGUCACCAGAUGUACAUCAUCAAGUGUGGGAAGUGUUGUGUUAUGUCGCAAGAUGAGAGAGAAGUGCUAGUGACUCUCGGUGAAGGAUCCGUGUUCGGAGAAAUCAGCUUACUUGGCAUCGAAGGCUUGAGGAAGCGAACCGCUACUGUAAGGUCGGUUGGAUAUUCGAGCCUUUUCGCACUAUCGCGAAACGAUCUUAACGCUGCUCUUAAACACCACAAAGAGGCCGAAAACAUAUUGCGUCUACGAGCUGAUCAGAUCAUUCGCGAAAACGCUGAAAGGCAGGUCAAACAGAAGUUGGAGAGGGAAAGGAGUAGGAAAUAUAAAGAGGAGUCCACUGUCAGGAGGAGAAAGAGUGCAGCCAGCGGAGAUAGUAAAAGUACUGCGGAGGAAAGGAAACAUCGAUCGGCGAGCUCUCAGUCCAGGAGAAGGUUGUCUGCUGUCUCAGAAAAUAGACCAUGUCCUUCGAUCAGAUCCGGUGGCAAGUCUCCGGCACUCUCUACCGAAGAUGUACCGUACCCUUCUACGCGAACGGGUCAAGUACUGAUUUAAGUACUUCUAUAUCGUACCAAAGACUUUAUUUACCUACUAUUGUAAA